AUGAAACGCUCACGAGAGGACCAAGAGGAGCCCUCCGCCGCCGAUUCCGCAACCGACAAGAGCACCACCCCUAGGUCCCUUGAUGCAGAUGACCGCGCAACAAAGAUCACAGAGCUGGAGCCUGCCGAGGGUACUUUUCAGGAAUUUGCCAUGAAGUGUGUCCUGCCGCCUCACCGCGAGGCUGUAUCCUUCAAGUCUUAUGACGACUAUGAGGCGCAUUAUGUCAAGACGCACACGAACCGGUGCUUAGAGUGCGGUAGAAAUCUGCCGUCGGAGCAUCUACUCAACAUUCACCAUGAGGAGUGUCAUGACUCUUUUGCUGCAGUGCGACGCGAGAGAGGAGAGCACACGUAUUCAUGCUUCGUUGAGGGCUGCGAGAGAAAGUGCAUGACGCCGCAGAAGCGACGAAUGCAUCUCAUCGACAAGCACAUGUAUCCAAAAAAUUUCUUCUUUGCGGUGACCAAGGAGGGCAUCGACGGACGGCGGUCACUACUCGUUGAAGGCGGCCAUCACCGACGCAAGUCAUCCAGCGCCGUCAACACGAAAGAGUCGAAGCGGAAGUCAAGCAUCCUAGAGACGCAGGGCGGCGGCAAGCAAAAGGAGGAAGGGCGUAAGCCGCCGGCAGAAGAUGAGGGCAAGACCCCGUCCGCAGCAUCACAGCCAGCAGCACCACUGCCAGACCCGACGGAACGUCCAGACACUGAGAUGGAGGACCUCGCAGGAGCCAUGUCGGCGCUGCAAUUCGUACCGAACAGCGUACGGUUUGGGCGAGGCGGCGGACGGGCAGGUUUUGCAAAACGAUGA